AUGUAUCAAGGAUCCAGAAAGAUCCUGAUAUUUCUUACUGUCACCUUCCUUGCUGACAACAUUUUCAACGCGGUGGUCCUCAUAAUGGUGACGAUGCAUGCUUCAGGAGAGGAACUUAUUCUCUCCGGCACUUAUCUGUGUGAUAUUAACUAUGCGGAAAAUAUCUUACUUCUGGGUUCCAUUACUUGGAUACUUGGAACUGUGUGGGAGGUCCUCGCACUAUGUCUCGCAGUUUGGAUUGCUGUAAAACACUUUCGCGAACUGCGACAUCAUUCGGGAGGAGGGACUAUCGAGGACUGUUUCUCGGUGUUGAUCAAAACUCACGUGGUUUACUUUGCGAGCGUUGUUGCUGUUUCUUGCUUCUCCCUCAUUGUUCAAUUAUCUCCAACAAUCUUAGCGGACCAGAAUCUUCUAGAAGCUCAGAGUGUAACUGGCUUGACUCAGAUUGCGCGAGUUGUGCAGGCGUUUGUGCUGGGACCACGCCUGAUCCUUGGCAUUCGAGAAUACUACGCUAAGCUCGUGGCCGACUCUGAUGCAGCAUCUGCUAUGACCUCAAUCGCUUUCCAGGAGCGUGUGCAUGUAUCGACUAGCAGUAGUGUUUGACACACGAGAUGUUAAUGGUUUUCUAGUGCUCUGUAGGAAGCAGCGAAAUUUGUGUCACGGGUUUGUCUCC